GACACGCACAGACACACACAGACACGCACAGACACACACAGACACGCACAGACACACACAGACACGCACAGAGCAGCCUGCGUCAGUCCCCUCUGCAGCGGUGGGCGGGAGUGCAGAUUGUGGUUAGAAGCGAACCUCUUUGGAAUUGGCGUGGGAAUUGUUAAUUGGGGCACGUGCCGCUCGCUCUGUGGCUGUGAGGCUGAACGCGGAGCCAGCGCGACUUCUGAAAUCUUCUCAAUUCGUCAACCUGGGCGCACCCACAGGCAGGGAGAGCGACUCCCGCCCGGCACAACAACAACCACGACCACCAAUCAUCAUUACCACGACUACACUCAGGGACGGCAGCUCGGGGGGUGGGUGGGGGAUCCAGAGCUCCUCCUAAUUGGUCUCAAGGAGCAAGAAGAACCGGCCAGCAGAAAGUACCACUACCAGCACCACCACAAUUCCCCACUACCAUUUACCAGCACUAGCACCACCACCACUACUACGACCAGCACUAACAGCAGUACCAACAAGAGCAGCACGGCCACGCAGCAGCCGCUGCUGCUGCUGCUGCUGUUGUUGCGCCGCUGCUGCUGUUGUUAUUGUUGUUGUGCUGCUGUUGUUGUGCUGUUGUUGUGCUGCUGUUGUUGUGCUGCUGCUGCUCAGCCAUGUGGUUGCGGUGGUGGCGGCACCGGAGCUGCAAACGCGGCGCCUUCAGCGCAGCCUCCAGCGACCGCCUCCACCUCCUCCAGCAGAAGAGGAUUAAGGAGAUUCCGCUGUUUCUCGCGGCCAUGGAGAACGACAGAGAGUCCAUCCUGAAGCUCCUCAACAACCCGGACACCGACCCCUACGUCACCGGGGCAUUGGGUGAGAUGGCACUGCACAUCGCCGUGCUGUACAACAGCAACGACGCUGCGCUGGCAUUGGCUGACGCCACCCCUCAGCUAAUCAACCUUCCCGUCUACUCCCACGUCUACAAAGGUCAGACGGCGCUGCACAUGGCCGUCCUGCAGCAGAACGUGGCGCUGGUGCGGGCGCUGGUGGUGCGCGGCGCCGACGCCAUCUUGCCCCGCGCCACCGGCACCUUCUCCUCGCUCAAGGGCGGCGGUUGCUGUGGCAGUGGUGCACCUGGCCGCUACUACGGGGAGCACGUGCUGACGUUUGCCGCGUGCACGGGGAACGAGGACAUCAUGCGCAUCCUCCUGGAGAACCACGUGCCCGUGCACGCCCAGGACUCCCUCGGGAACACGGUGCUGCACGUGCUGGUGCUGCAGCCCAACAAGAACCAGGCGUGCGCCAUGCACCAGCUGCUGCUGUCGUGCGACCGCUCCGGGGCGGCCGCCGCACUGGAGGCCGUGCAGAACCACGACGGCCUCACGCCCAUCAAGAUGGCCGCUGCUAACGGCAACACUGUGAUGUUCCAGAACUUGGUGACGCGGCGCCGUGCCGUGCAGUGGGUGUUCGGCUCGGUGACGUCCAGCAUCUAUGACCUCUCCGGCAUCGACUCGUGGGACGACGAGCAGUCGGUCAUCGAGCUCAUCGCCUCCAGCCGUCGGCGCGAGGCGCGUCGCAUCCUGGACAUCACGCCGGUCAAGGAGCUCGUGAGCCUCAAGUGGUCGCUGUACGGGCGCCGUUACUUCUGGCUCUGGGCCCUCAUCUACAUGUGCUACAUCGUCAUCUUCACGCUCUGCUGCAUCUACCGGCCGCUCGAGCUCUACGCCGACUACAACGCCUCUUCGGCCACACUGCAGCCGCCCAGCCUGGGAGACUUCGUCAUGGUGCAGCGGCCCCUUGCGGCGUGCUACGACAGCUACGACGACUUCCUGCGCCUAUCCGGGGAGAUCGUGGUCGUGGUGGGGGCCGUCAUGAUGCUCGUCUUCGAGGUCCGGGACAUGAUCCGGACCGGAGUGAAGCGCUAUUUUGGAAGCACGGUCACCGGAGGCCCCUUCCACAUCAUCAUGAUCUGCUACUCGUGCCUGGUGAUGCUGCUGCUGCUGAUGCGCCUCACCAACACGCACGGCGAGUACGUGCCCAUGGCCGUGGCGCUCGUGCUCGGCUGGUGCAACACCAUGUUCUUCGCCCGUGGCUUCGAGAUGCUCGGCCCCUUCACCAUCAUGAUCCAGAAGAUGCUGUUUGGAGAUCUGCUGAGGUUCUGCUGGCUCAUGCUCAUGGUGCUCCUGGGAUACGCCUCAGCCUUUCACAUUUGCUUCCAGCUGCUGAGAAGGGAAGACUUCCUGCACUUCGCUGGCUUCGAGACGGUGCUCUUCACCAUGUUCCAGCUCUUCCUGGGCCUGCUGGACAUCCCGAUCCCGUAUGACAAGCAGGUCCCCAUCAUCAUCAAGCUCGUCUACGUCUCCUACAUGAUCUUCGCCUUCCUGCUCAUGGUGAACCUGCUCAUCGCGAUGAUGGGCGACACGCAUUGGCGCGUGGCGCACGAGCGUGACGAGCUGUGGCGGGCGCAGGUGGCCGCCACCACAGUGCUCCUGGAGAGGCGGCUGCCCCGCUGGCUGUGGCCUCGGCUGGGCUACCGCGGGGACGACUUUGGCCUCGACAACAACAAGUGGUACAUGAGGGUGGAGGACAGCAACGAGAGCACCAUGUUCAAGAUGAAGAAGUACGCACGCACCCUCAAGAAGACUGAGGCCGAUGACUGCCCCGUCAUGCGGCCGCCAUCGUCCAAUCUGCAGGUCGGCCUCGCGCGCAAGUCCGGCCGCGGCUGGCGCAUCGUGCGGCGAUCCACCAUGGGAGAGAUGGGGGACCCGGCCCGCGAGGCGGAGACCACGGGCCCGGCCUACGACAACGAGGAGGCGGAGAUGGUCUACAACGUAUGAGACGACGCGGAGCGCACGCUUGCUCUUCAAAUCGGUGUGGUCCGUGUCCGUACGAUCGCUCGCUCGCUAUCGAUGGCCCGCAGCCGAAUUGCCUCCACGCGUCGCGUCCGCCGAAACGAGCGGCGAGCCGUCGCGGACACCGACGAACCCCCACCGGUUAGGCGGGCGGGUCUGCUCGCCAAUUUUAAAAGCGACGUGUUUCAAAACGGGUGGAGCUUCACCGGAGGGGUGCGGGGCUCCGCUGUGAAAGCACAUGGCUCGACGUCCGUGUGGGCUCAACUACUCGCCCGGAUGUGGGCAAAACAGCUUGCGGGAGCGAUGAUUUUGGUUGAAGCGAUCUGGUUGCGCAACCUGAUCGCCCGGGCGUGGGGACCUGCCUUCGGGGAGGGGGGCCUUUAUUACCGGUGGCGAGACUCGAAUGUUUAACGGCAAUAACGCAGUUUAUCCUUAGGCUGUUUUUGACGUGCACCUUCGGUCUCCGGGGAUGGCGCCGCCGACGGCUCGGGCAGGGCAACUCGCGUUUACCAUUGCUCCGAGAAUCGGUCCUGUUUUUUUUUACGUCACCGUUGACUGCCUCGAACACACUGGGGGAAACAAAAAAAACACCGGCUAAUACCAGUUUGUGUUGGACACGUGUCAAUGCCUAGAGCAAUACAACGUGAGAUCAAAAAAAAACACACACGUUUUACUGAAAAGCAAGGGAAAAUUAAUCACGUGGUCACUCGGCCCGUUGUACCGUUUGUACGUUCGCGCGCGCCAAUCGGGGGCGCGUUCUGAAACCCGCUGUGAGGGCCCCUCAGCCAGCUGUGGAUCACUGAGACGCACGCAUUUCUGCGCAAGCACGGGGCGGCUGGCGGGGGGUUGUUGUGUGCCGGUGUUGCGUAUUUUUAUGUUUGUCGCAUUACCUUGUUCAUCUGGCUAUCUUUGUAGGGCAAAAUGGUGAGUAAUUAGUCAUUAUUAUUUUAAAUCGCUGCCUCCACCCAAACGGGAGAGCAGAAAGUCGAAGGAUUUGUGGCACCAUGGCUACGUUUGAGCUGCUCACUUUAACUAUAAGCAGUCGCCGAGCCUUGUCUCAGUAGCUCCCCGGUACGAGAGCUCCUGUUCAAUAUUAUCUCUGACUUUUUUUUUUUAGGGACAAUUAGGUUCGUGUUUUUGGUGGGAGGGGGGGGCGCGGUGGGUGCGGCGGAUGGUGAGACAAAGCCGAGAGGCAAUACUUGAGUGAUGCCCUCAUCCUGUGUGGGCUGCUGUGUCCCUGAAGACACGAUCCGCCAGAAUCAUCCGUAAUGCAUCCAUCGGAACUCGCAAGCCUGGAUAUCGCUUUGAUGGGCAACCACCGUGCGCAGCAGCUUGUGGUAUAGGCUGCCCUUCUGGAGUGGGCAGCAGAGGGGCAAUGCAACAAGAUAUAUUGUUGUACUGUACUUCUGUGCCCCACCCCCAACCUGCCUAUCACAAACCCAUGCUAACUGGUUCAUCUUGGCGAACGAUGGUCAGACAGCCGCCCGUGACCCGUACGGUGUGGGGAGGCCCUCAUCCAGCAGUUGAGUGAUAAAAAAAGUCUGUACAGGUGCACCACUAAUUUCCCUCGGUUCGGUAUUCUGUCGUUUUAAGUUGGUGAUUAUUUCGAGGUCUGGAAGCCAGCGAGGCAAUUGCGGCAACAGCAAAGCCGCAAUGUCGAAAAAACACUCAGGAGCUCCAGACUUGGAGCCUUGGACUCAUGCUGUUAAUAAUAUUGCGUUUGCCUUCGCUGUCCUGGUAUCAGAUGUCUUAACUUGAAUUGUGCCUCAGAUUGUAUUCUUUUUGCACGCUGCAGAACUGCGCGUCCGAGCGAAGGUUGCGAGACCCGUUCGUGUUCACUGAAACGCUUGGCUUAAAAAGAUAUUCCCGAAUAUUAUUCCAAAUGCGAGACGCCGUUCCGUGAGAAGUGAAGCGCCAAUGGACGAUGAUCCCAUUUGUUUGAAGCUCACAAUGCACGCACACAGCGGUCGGUGUUGCACGGUUGGUUUGUUCAACUUUUGGAAGGUGACAUUGUGAGAUGUUUUAGAUGAUUAGGGUUUUUUUUUGCCAGUGGACUGAACCACGUGUCUGCAAAUGUUUUGUCCGUGGGGCUGACGGUUCUAUAGGGCCCGCGGGAUACGAUUGCAGUUAUGAGGUUGUCCUAUCAGUUGAACAUGUAGUAGGCUUUCGCGACCAAUAUUAUCCAUAACAGAAGUUUUUGAAUAGAAAAAGAGGUUUGUGAAUAUACAUGUGUCAUUAAACCCGCCACACAGCCAAAUAGUAAGGUUUGUCACGUAAACAACACGUGCCAAUUCGUUACUAGUUCAGCACUCUUGUGUGUUGGAGAGUAAACCCACUACAACAUCUGCAAUUUGAGUACUUAAUUGUAAAUGAGUAAUUUUAAAUGUUGUAGUGGGUUUACUUUCCAACACACCGGUGUGCUGUACUAGUAACGAAUUGGCAUGUUCUGUUAACGUGACAAACCUUACUAGUUGGCUGUGUAGGGUGGUGGCGGGUUUAAUGACACAUUUUAUAUUUUCGCGAUCUAACCCAAAACCCUCUUAAGGUUGUCCUUUGCUCGCACGAGAUUCUGGUUCCUGAUGAUAUGUGCACUGCAAACCAACAAGGCUGGGUAACCUAAACACUCCUUUUCACCAAAUUCAGGGUAAUUUGUCAAAAUAGUGUUUUUUAGCUCCACAUGUACGAUGCAUGAUCAUUAAAAUAAUCACGAACAAAUAUUUAACAAUAAAUAGGUGGCAACGCUGUUUUCCACAA